AUGUUCACCAUCUUCACGGACCACAAGCCGCUCACCUAUGCCUUCGUAUCCUCUGGUAACAACUACGCCCCUCGGGAAGUUCGUCAGCUCUCUUACAUCUCCGAGUUUUCAACUGACAUCAGGCAUCUUAGCGGCAAAGACAACACGGCAGCCGACGCCCUCAGUCGUGUCGACACUCUCUUUCAGGUCAUGCACCCACCGCUCGGUACCAGUUUCACACUGGACGCCUUGGCUGACCAGCAACGCACGGACGAGGAAUUGGCCAAGCUCCGUGCUGAUGCACGAUCUGGGCUUCGCUUCCAAGACUUGCUCCUCCCCGGCACGCCAACGGCCGUAGCUUGCGACGUGUCGCUUAGAACACCGAGCCCGUUUGUUUCAGUCACCCUGCGUCGGCAAGUGUUUGACAUGCUCCACACAUUGUCUCAUCCUGGAGUACGGGCCACACAGAAGCUCAGCCCGCUACUCAUCGACCGCUUCAACCAGUGGCCGGAGGCAACACCCAUCCCGGACAUCACCGCAGCCACAGUGGCGGCGGCAUUCGUGACCACCUGGAUUUCACGUUUCGGGGUACCCUCCACCAUAACGACAGACCGCGGAAGGCAAUUCGAGUCAUCUCUUUUUGCUGCCCUCGCCACGCUCCUCAGCGCGCAACGUAUCCGCACAACCGCCUACCAUCCGCCAUCCAACGGCCUCGUGGAGCAAUUCCACCGUCACCUCAAGGCCGCAUUGAAGGCCCACGUCAACCCCACCGCCUGGACGGAAGCCUUGCCGGUGAUACUCCUGGGACUCCGGUCUGUUUUCAAACCCGACUUGGGCUGCACCUAUGCCCAACUGGUCCAUGGAACAACCUUGCGGCUUCCAGGCGAAUACUUCGCACCACAUCCCACCGGGACCAUUCCCGAUCCCACGGACUAUGUCUCCCGCCUUCGCGAUGUCUUCGCCGGUGUCCGUCCCGCACACACGCGCCUGGGCUCCGCCACCAAGGUGUACGUCCAUCCGGACCUCUCCACGUGCACGCACGUCUUUGUGCGCGUCGACGCUGUUCGGAAACCCUUGCAGCCCCCCUACAACGGUCGCUACCUCGUCAUCGCUCGCUCUCCGAAGCAUUUCACGAUCCGCAUCAACGCGAAAGCAGAGGAGAUCUGCAUCGACAGGCUCAAGCCGGCCUACACCCAGUCGCCGCCAUCAACCGACGUCAACUUCCUGAAGACCGAUGAUUAUUCCCCUGCCAGACCCCCUUUGCAGCCCGCCAAGCGCAGUCUGCGGGUCUCAUGGGCGCCUAAACUGUGUCAUCACUCAUGGUCUUCGCCCAUUCGCUAG